UACAAACUCAAGAGGCAGCCUACCAUCUUGGUUGUGAUCUUCCGAGUCUGAUGAAGUUUCAUCUUUAGGUUGUGCGUCAGUUCCACCGGUUGGAGAUGCAGCUUUCUUUUCAAUGGAUUCCUCCACAGCAAUGUCGUCGUCACCUUCAAAGUCCUCGUCGUAAUCUACUCGAUGAGAUUAUGGCCUGUCAGUCCUUCUGGUACAUAACACGUCUUCAUCAUCAUCAUAAUCAGACCAUCUCUGUGUUUGUCCUCUUGUUGUGAUGGAGUGCUCUCGCGUCCUGAGUGGGAUGUGCUCCUGGCCUCCUUGAAGCUUCCUCUGGCAUCUUGGACCUUCAUGGGAGGGGGCGCAGGCUUCUUGUCCAGCCCCAUCGCUAUUAUGCACCUAAAGCACAUUAAAUCAAGGGUUUUCAUCGUCGGCCAUUUUGUAGUUUCACCGACGUCCCUCACUUGUAGCACGGCGAGGCCCGCUCCACAACGCUGAAGCCAAAGUGUCCGUGCCUGCCGCCCAAUCGGGCGCCUCGCCGGUGCUUGAACUCGCAGCACGAGCUGAUACGCUCCACUUGUAGCCCGUUCAAGAAGAAGGUCAAGCUGAAGGGGAAACCUCGAUGUCGCCUCGACACGAACUGGAAUGUCUCUGAGGUGGGUCACAUGACAUUCUGUAUGAAUGCUAAUUUCCAUUUAUAGCAUUUCGCGUGAUGUUACCAUGAAGCUAAUGGGUACAGAUCUCACCACUGACCUCCUUCACGGAGCUUGCCCUUGUACACGCAGAGGUUUUCUCCUCCGCAGUGUUGCUGAAACACUCUGACCUCGUCCCUCGGGUCUUCCGAGUCAUGAGAGAGAUGCACAGAUUUGCCAAAAUACACCAUGGUGACACGCACUUUGCUCUGGGGCUCAGAAAUCCUCACCGGGGACCGCUCCUGUCGUCAAACGACACAUUUGGUUGACGUUUCUUUCGCACUUUUCUCAUUCGUUUGGAUUCAUGUUCCAGAACCAGACAACUUGUUGAUUAGACCUCGUUGGCGUCGACCGCACUGAAGGUGGUGGCAGGGCGCAGGCGGCGGCCGCCCCUGAGACUUGGAGUGCCGCUGGGAUUGCAGCCGGGUCCCCUGUUUUUUUUCUUGGUGGCAGGAGGCAGCGGCGUGACGAAGUUGUUGAUGACCGGCAGACAGUAAGUCGCUGAACGUCUGGUUGACUCUGUGAGCGGAGCGGCGUUUAUUGGCGCCGCUGCGGAUCGGCUUCAAGCGAGCGGGCCGCUGCAUCGUUCCCGGAGCCGUGUUGGGUCGAGAUGAGCAUGGCUGCGCACACGAAAUCAAAGGUCCCGAGUGCUGCUUCCGGACAGCCCUCGCGCCCACAGGUGGGUGCGGCGACAUCAUCUGGACAUCUUCUUCAAAUCGCUUUGUCCGCGCCACCUUCAAAAGUAUCGCACGGUAUCAAACUUGAGCCGAGUGCGGCCAUGUUUCAUUCUUGAGAUGCCAAUGCCACUAGGACGACCGAUGUGCCAAAAUGACCAUACAGUGGGUUGUCUGCAGAAUCCCUGCUUCCAUCCAUCCCAGCAAGUUGUCCAGGUCCUGGUGAUACAUAACAGCCCCAUGACCAACAUCAUCUGGGAAGGCUCACUCUCUGGGAGGACGACAAGAAGAAGAAGAAAAAGAAGCCACAGACAUGCGCUGGAAAAGUGAGACCAAAGUUCAAUGCUGCAUCCUGGCUGGAGGCUCCGGCGAGGAGUGAGCGGCCAGCUGAUGAUAUUUAUGGCGAGAGCGCCGGUCAUUGAACGCACCACGCGGGCAGCGAGGACACGCGCAGCGACGGAGCGCAGAGGAAAGUAUGUGUGCAUGUGAGGACUCCAAAGGCAACACGGCGGAGGUUGUGGCUGAAGACAUGCGCUCCGGCCUGCGGGCCAUGUCCGCUGAGCCACUUCUCACCGCCAGCGUGUGUGUGUGCGCCAGUUGCAAUGAAGAAAUUGUCGAUAAAUAUUUAUUGAAGGUGAGCGACCUGUCCUGGCAUGUGCGCUGCCUCUGCUGCAGCGUGUGCCAGGCCGCGCUGGGCGGCCACACCAGCUGCUACAUUAAAGACAAGGAAGUCUUCUGCAAGAUGGAUUACUUCAGAAGGUUCGGCACGUGGUGCGCGUGCUGCGGCCGCCGCAUCCACGCCACCGACUGGGUGCGGCACGCCAAGGGCAACGUUUACCACCUGGCUUGCUUCGCCUGCUUCUCGUGCAAGCGGCAGCUGUCCACCGGAGAGGAGUUUGCCCUGGUGGAGGACAAGGUGCUCUGCAGGGUCCACUACGACUGCAUGCUGGACAAGCUCAAAAGGGCCGCCGAUAAAGGCAGCAGUGUCAAUAUGGAGGGUGCCAUGCCCACCGAACAAGAAAUUAGCCAGCCCAAACCAUCCAAGAGAGCGAGGACCAGCUUUACUGCUGACCAGCUGCAGGUGAUGCAGGCGCAGUUUGCCCAGGACAACAACCCGGAUGCUCAGACGCUGCAGAAACUGGCCGAGCAGACGGGCCUCAGUCGAAGAGUCAUACAGGUGUGGUUCCAGAACUGCCGAGCACGCCACAAGAAGCACGUGAGCCCCAACCACACGUCCGCUGCCCCCGUGACCUCUCUGCAACCCGCACGCCUGGCCCCGCCCACUCCCACCCCCGAGGAGCUACAGUACACCACCUUCGGGGGUCCGGAAGGUUCCAUGCUGUCGGCGCUGCACUCCUUCAUCGACAGUGAGCACCAGGCUUUUUAUGAACUACUAUACGAGUGACUGCUUUUCACCUCGCUCUGCAUUUUUCCACUUCACAAAUCAUGCGUGUCACAUGUCAGUGCCAUGUGUCAUGUGUGGCGAUUCUCAAAGCGAGGCUCGUCAUAGAAUCACUAAAUUAAUUGAACAGUAGAGUGACAGUUUGUAUUUUCCAAUUGAGACCACAAGGCGGCGACAAAGCACUGCUUUAAUUUCCCGUAUAAUGUCUUGGUCUAAUUCAAUUGUAUUUUAAUAUAAAAGUAUUACUUUGGCAUCUUCAGGGUGCCAAGAAAUUAGGUUGAAGAAAUUUGAGGAGCUUUAGAAAGGAUAAAAAACAACCAGUUGGUGAAAGAUUAAUUGCAAAUGUGUUGUACUAAAAAGGUGGUGGUACUAGAUAGCUCACUUUGACAAUCACCCGAUUAAAUAGUGCAGUGGCUGAUUAGAGCUUAGCUGCCAUUUUUCUACCAGAGACCAUUUUAGGUUUUAUUGUGGGGCCAUGCAAAAAUGUAUGACGCAAUGAUUGACCACAUUUCACUUGUGAAAACGUUACGAUCAUUGCAAAGCGUGAAAUAUUAUUCAUGUAAGCUGCCUCAAAAUGUAUUGUGAAGCCUUCCCGCUUGAAGUCGCUGAAUCUAUGUGAAACCUCUUCUGAACGCAGCCCUCGGAAUGUGCUUAACAAUUGCAAACGGGAUGCGUCCGCAAAUGUAAUUUAUUGUGUGUAUGUCGAGUGUCUUUUAUGAAAAUAAAUGUCUAAUUUCACAAACAUC